CGCGGGCGCACGCGCACUGGCGAGUAGGGCCCAGGAGCAGUGGCCGUGUGGUGGAGCCCGGCGUCGGUGGAGUCCUGUGGGCCCUCGGAAUUCCCGCGUAGCCGCUGCCUCCUUCCCCGGUCCUAGCCAUGUUCCUCACCCGGUCUGAGUACGACAGGGGUGUGAAUACUUUUUCUCCUGAAGGAAGAUUAUUUCAAGUGGAAUAUGCCAUUGAGGCUAUAAAGCUUGGUUCUACAGCCAUUGGGAUCCAGACGUCAGAAGGUGUAUGCCUAGCAGUGGAGAAGAGAAUUACCUCUCCACUCAUGGAGCCUAGCAGCAUUGAGAAAAUUGUAGAGAUUGAUGCUCAUAUAGGUUGUGCCAUGAGUGGACUAAUUGCUGAUGCUAAGACCUUAAUUGAUAAAGCAAGAGUGGAAACACAGAACCAUUGGUUCACCUACAAUGAGACGAUGACAGUGGAGAGUGUGACUCAAGCUGUGUCCAAUCUCGCUCUACAGUUUGGAGAAGAAGACGCAGACCCAGGUGCUAUGUCUCGUCCCUUUGGAGUAGCACUGUUAUUUGGAGGAGUUGACGAGAAAGGACCCCAGCUGUUUCACAUGGACCCAUCUGGGACCUUUGUACAAUGUGAUGCUCGAGCAAUUGGCUCUGCUUCCGAGGGUGCCCAGAGCUCCUUGCAAGAAGUGUAUCACAAGUCUAUGACAUUGAAAGAAGCCAUCAAGUCUUCACUUAUCAUCCUCAAACAAGUAAUGGAGGAAAAGCUGAAUGCAACUAACAUAGAGCUAGCCACAGUGCAGCCUGGCCAGAAUUUCCACAUGUUCACAAAGGAAGAACUUGAAGAGGUUAUCAAGGACAUUUAAGCAUUUAAGGAAGAGCCAUCUUCAGAACUUCUUUGGGACAGUUCUCCUAAUUGCCCUUAAAUUUUAUUCCCAACUCCAAUUCCUUGGAAAAUCUUCAGUAUGUGUUCUUUUUUUUUUUUUUAAUGAUGUCUGUACAUAAAGGCAGUUCUGAAAUAAAAGAAACUUUUAAAGUA